CAGAUUAUGUUCGAGACCUUCAAUUGCCCGGCAAUGUACGUUGCGAUUCAGGCAGUCAUGUCCCUCUACGCUUCUGGUCGUACCACAGGAAUUGUCAUGGAUUCCGGUGAUGGUGUCUCGCACACCGUGCCGAUCUACGAAGGAUACGCUCUUCCGCACGCCAUCUUGCGUUUGGAUUUGGCUGGUCGCGAUUUGACAGAGUACAUGAUGAAGAUCUUGACCGAGCGUGGUUACUCUUUUACCACCACCGCCGAGCGCGAGAUCGUGAAGGACUUGAAGGAGAAGCUCACGUACGUUGCGUUGGAUUUCGAUGCCGAGAUGAAGCAGGCGGCUCAGUCUUCCGAAAACGAAAAGACCUUCGAAUUGCCCGAUGGCAACGUCAUCACGGUCGGAAACGAGCGCUUCCGUUGCCCGGAGGUGUUGUUUCAGCCUUCCUUCAUCGGAAAGGAGUCCUCCGGUAUUCACGACACGACUUUCCAGUCGAUCAUGAAGUGCGAUGUCGAUAUCCGUAAGGAUCUUUACGCGAAUAUUGUGCUCUCCGGUGGUACCACCAUGUACCCGGGCAUCGGUGAGCGUAUGACCAAGGAAAUUACCGCUCUCGCUCCGUCCACCAUGAAGAUCAAGGUUGUCGCUCCUCCUGAGCGUAAGUACUCCGUGUGGAUUGGUGGAAGGUAAUUUUUAUCACAGAAGUUAAAUUUGUUUUCCUGUUGUAUAACUUUGCUGGGCAGUUGGAAGCACGCAUUGUCAAGAACGUGUUCAAUAGCAUGAGCACCGGAGAAUGCGAGCAUCCUCACAUCUUUUUAUUUAAGAAGUCAGAUCUUUGUUGUAGUGAUUCCCUCCAUUUUCCCUCUCCAUGAUACUUACUUCUUUACCACAAAUUCAGUAUCCUGUCCUCGCUGUCGACGUUCCAGCAGAUGUGGAUCUCGAAGAACGAGUAUGACGAGUCUGGCCCGACCAUCGUGCACCGCAAGUGCUUCUAAGCCUUUUCGAGCGCAGAGGAAAGCUCGUUGUAUGAGCAACGAGGUACAUCAACCUUCGAAGAAGAUUUUUUUGCUACUUUUUCGAAACUCCGUGUGGGUGGCAAAUAUUCGUCGACGUAUGUACUCAUGCCAGUGCGCCGAUGGAAAUUUCCAGUACUCAUGAACGUGGCAUGCAGAGUGCGCUAUUGUAAUCUCCGACUUCACAAAAAGUAAGUAGAAAGAUCAAUCAAAAUCUUGCAAUCAAGGUCUUAUGAACUGGAUUUGGGAAGACCAAGAACGAGAAAUCGCGCGACAAUUUUUAUUUGGAGAAUGAGAAAGAAUCACAAGUUGUAGUAAAAUAAGGAGGCUAUUCAUCUUCAUCGUGUAUGCUAUCGCAGACUCAUACCGUCAGCUGCUGGUGGUUUGUUAGAGCGAUUGCAUAGUAGAAGGAGAAGCCUUGAUGUGCAUUAAACAACAAACUCGCUGCUGCUCAUACGUCCAGAUUUUGCAGCACACGACAGCACUUGCGGAAUUAUUGGCGAGUGUUGUUUUGUGUCUACAUCUUCUCGCACCAAAACAAUCAGGAAAUUAGUA